AAAGAGGAAAAACAUAUGGCUCUGGGUCGUCGUCUCCCUCCAAGGGCGUCGCUGCCCCAGCGCCCCUACGAAGAAUCCGGGGGAUCACACCUGGCCCAAUCACCCUUCCCCUUCCCAGCCGCGCUAUCCAGCUCUCCACGCUGCUUCCCGCCUUUACCCCACACCGCCCGCCUUAUCCUCGCCACGACACCAGCCGCCAAGGCCAUCCACCUCACCUCACUGCUCCCUCGCGACGCCAGCCAAAGUUUACAGCUUGAUUUACGGAACCUCCUCGAGCUCUCCCCGGCCAUGGAGGAGCUCCUGCUGCGCCAAGCCGGCCUCCCGCGGCCGGUGGCGCCUCGCCGCCGGCUACGCGUCGUCGCCGUCGCGCUGCGGACCAGGCCCACCAGCCUCGCCGUCCCGGGCCUCCCGCCCGCGCCCGCGGCGCCGGCGCCGGAGCCCGUGCUGCCGUCGCCGCCCGUAUCCGCGGACGCCGCAGCGGUGCUGCUCGCGGCUGGCGUGCCGCCCGCGGACCUCCGGCGCGCGGCGGGGAUGUGCCCGGAGCUGCUGUCCAUGCCCGCGGAGACCAUCGCGGCCGCGCUCCGGUUCCUGACGGAGGAGGCGGGUGUCCCGGAGGCCGACCUCCCGCGCGUGCUCCGGCGCCGGCCGCGCCUGCUCGUGUCCCCCGUCGCGGCGCGGCUCCGGCCGACGCUCUACUUCCUGCGCGCGCUCGGCGUGCCCGACCUGCACCGCCGCGCCGACCUGCUGUCCUUCUCGGUGGAGGAGAAGCUGCUGCCCCGGAUCGAGUUCCUCGAGUCGCUGGGCCUGCCCUCCCGCGCCGCGCGUUCCAUGGCGCGCCGCUUCCCGGCGCUCUUCUGCUACGGCGUGGAGGGGAACAUGCGGCCCAAGGCGGAGUACCUCCUGGGCGCCAUGGGCCGCGACGCCGGCGAGCUGCUCGAGUUCCCGGAGUACUUCUCGUACGCGCUUGCCGCGCGCAUCGCGCCGCGCCACGAGGCGUGCGCGGCGCGCGGGGUGAAGCUGCCGCUGCCCGCCAUGCUCCGCCCCGGGGAGGCCAAGUUCCGCGCCACGCUCGCCGGCUGCGUCGGGUCCACGCCGCCCCGGAGGCGGUCGCCGCUGUGGCACGCCACGUGGGUGGACGACAGCGACCACGCCGGCGCGGCGGCGAAGGAGGCUGCGGCGGCGGUGUGACGGCCGGACGGCGGCGUCGCAUUGGUAGCGAUCGAGCGGAGCGAGUGGUUCUCGGCGGUGUAAACAUGUGCAUACGGAUUGGCAUUGGCCGCUUGUAAGUAUGAUACCAUGAAUCUAGUUGGUUCCAUGGUUGCAUUGCAACUACAUGAAGUGAACAAAGGCAUUGGCUACUUGUCUA